CUGCUGCUGUCGCCUCCAGGAUGGUCAAAAGAAUCAAAAUGAAGGACAAGGUUGGGGGGAUGGCAAAGACCACAGAGCACAGGUCACACAGGAUCUCAGUGGUGUGCUGGGGUUUGAACCUAGCCUUUUCCUCCUGCAUCUUAUGCUGCCUGGACCUCAGUAACAAGGAGAGCAGUGAACUGACAUUAACACAGCCCUGGUUGCUGGUCGGACAAUACCCUCAGCACUAGCACAUUAAUUCCUCCACUCUUCACAAGGAUGUUUGGGGCCCUUGGCCUUGACUGGCACUGGGUGCAGGAGAGCCAGCAGCAUCUAGUGACCAGGCGGAUGUGCCCCCAGGAGAGUUCCUUCCAGCCCUCCCAGUUCCUCCUGCUGGUGGGGAUCCCAGUGGCGAGUGCUCUCCUUCUGGUUCAGUGCCUUCGCUGGUAUCGCUCUCGCUGGCUGCUGGGGACCUGUCUGAAGCCAGAUGGGCAAGAAGAGCCAGUGUCCCCGUCCACUCCACUACCAGAAUACGAUGCUCCACGGCAGUGCCCACCAGCCACACUGCCAGAGAUAGCUGCCUUCUACCAGCAAUUGCACACGCCCACGCAGGGCCAGACCAUCAUCCGCCAGCUGAUGAACAAACUGUUGGUGUUUUCGGCUCGAGAGGUGGACCACCGUGGCGGUUGCCUGAUACUCCAGGAUACAGGCAUUUCCCUGCACAUCCCUCCAGGUGCUGUGGCCGUGGGCCGCCAGGAGCGGGUAUCCUUGAUUCUGGUGUGGGACCUGUCAGAUGCCCCGUCACUGUCCAGGUCUCAGGGGCUGGUGAGCCCUGUGGUAGCAUGUGGCCCCCACGGAGCCUCCUUUCUGCAGCCCUGCACCCUCACGUUCAAGCACUGUGCCCAGCAGCCCAGCUACGCCCGCACCUACAGUAGCGACACCUCCCUGCUAGAUGCCAAGGCCUGGAGGCCCCUGGGUCGGCCGGGGGCCCACACGUCCCUGGAUGAGUGCCGSAUCCUCCUCUCCCACUUCAGCCUGUACACCUGUGUGCUAGAGGCGCCUGUGGGGCAGGCUGCCCGUAAAUGGCUGCAGCUGGCCGUCUUCUGCUCGSCGCUGGUGCCUGGGCAGUCCCACCUGCAGCUGCGUGUCUACUUCCUGAACAACACGCCCUGCGCCCUGCAGUGGGCGGUGACCAACGAGCAGCCCCACGGUGGGCGCCUGCGUGGGCCCUGCCAGCUCUUCGACUUCACUGGRGCCAGAGGUGACCAGUGCCUGAAGCUCAAGUACAUUUCUGACGGUUGGGAGAAUGUGGAUGACAGCAGCAGCCAGCUGGUUCCCCAUCUCCACAUCUGGCAUGGAAAGUGCCCCUUCCGCUCCUUCUGCUUCCGGAGAAAAGCAGUCAAUGAGAACGAGGACUGCUCAGCAUCAACCAAUGAGAUCAUUGUCACCAUGCACACCUUCCAGGAUGGCUUGGAAACCAAGUACAUGGAGAUCCUCAGAUUCCAGGCAUCAGAGGAAGAGUCCUGGGCAGCACCACCCCCUGUCUCCCAGCCGCCCCUGUGCAAUAGGCUGCCCCCAGAGCUCUUUGAGCAGCUGCAGAUGUUAUUGGAGCCAAACAGCAUCACAGGCAAUGACUGGAGACGACUGGCCUCUCACCUGGGGCUCUGUGGCAUGAAGAUCCGGUUCCUGUCCUGCCAGCGCAGCCCCGCUGCCGCCAUCCUGGAGCUGUUUGAGGAGCAGAAUGGCAGUCUGCAGGAGCUGUACGACCUCAUGACCGCCAUGGAGCGGCUGGACUGCGCCUCGGUCAUCCAGAACUACCUGAGCCAGACACCCAGAGGCAGCCCAGCCCCCGCCCGUGGGAGCGCCCUGGACAACCAGGGCUUGGAGCUGGACGAGAAGCUCUGAGCGUCURCUCUCGGGGGCGGGGGAAGCCGGGGGUGUGCUCCUCUGCCCAGAAAGAAAAUGGCAGCUCGAUGGACGUGCCCGGAGUCCUCUUCAGAAGCCACAGUCCAUGACCAAGGCCAUCCAAGAUACCAGAGCGCUCUCACCCGCGGGCUACACCCCGACCGCCCCUGCGCCCACGAACUUUGUUCUGCGUGCAGAUCCUCUCUUGGCCAGCAGGG